AUGAUUUUGCUGAUUGGCAGCCUUCUACCAAAUUUAUCGUCCGCCGCAAGUCUUUCAUUCACCAUCCCCUCUAGUCCCCCAUCAAAUGCGAGUGCCACACUCACUCAAGCUCCGGUGGGAGUAUCGUUCGAGUUCUUCGCCUACCCCGCAUAUGUAACAGAUGUUGCUUCGACUGAGCAAUGUCUAGAGAAUUUGAAAGACUUGACUGGGGUAUGGCCUCCCAUCCGUAUCGGUGGGACUACACAUAAAACAUUCAUCGCAACUGACAAUGAAAGGGAUCGGGCCACAUACGACCCGUCAUCAACAGAAGCUGUGACGUACACUGUGGCCGAUGCCAGCGAUGCUCCGGAAACCCUCACCUUUGGACCACCACUGGUCGCACUGGCUGCCGAUUAUGAUGGCAAUGUGACUCUUGGGCUCAACCGUCGCCUAGACAAUAUAUCCAACACGAUCGCAGCUGCAAGUCUGGCAGUUGAUAAGAUGAGUAAUUUAUAUGCCAUAGAACUUGGCAACGAGCCAGACUGUCAGUGUGAAGACUUUGCUUUCUUGAGAACUUCAAAGGCGCACAUGAGAGCUGAUUCAUUUAUAGUCUACGUUUCUACAGACCCGAUCGCGGACGGCGCAUCCUGGACUGCUGCGGAUGACUAUGCGUCCCAGGUGGAAUGGCAAGACGAAGUAUUUGGAAAUUUAUCAAUUGAAAACAUUGCGUCAGCUGGCGUUUAUUUUGGAACAUCCCCAGAGAGCAUCGUUGGCCUUACUGCUGUUGAAGGGAGUGCUAAUGUCUAUGUGAAGGAUUAUUGCUCUCACAAUUAUCCCCAAUCGGCAAGUACUGCUGACCUGGAGACGCUCAUGGGCCACAGUGAUAUUGCGUCCGAAAUUGAACCUUUUGCCGCAGAAGUUACAGCAGCAAUUGCUAAAGGAAAGGAGCAUGUCUUUGGUGAAACAAACUCCGCGACGGGUGGUGGCGGUGGAAUAAGCCCGACUUUUGGCGCUGGUUUGUGGAUUUUGGACUAUGUGAUGCAAUCCCUCAUUAUGGGCAGCAAGAUAACUGAUGGUGCCGAUGCCAGUCACUUUAUUUCCAUCAAGGCACGAUCGGAGACUGUAAGUCAAUACUGUUGGUGGGGCCGCUACGAUACGGGCUCUCCGUAUUUUGGAGCUUAUUUUGCCACGAUGGCACUUGCAAAUGCCGAUCAAAUUGCACCCCUGGACAGUGGAGAUACAGCAUUCGCGGCAUACGCCAUCUACAAAUCGGGAAGUCCUAUUCGAGUUCUUCUGUAUAACUCGGAGUACUACGCGAGUGGGACCAGAUCAACCCAAGUAUUCGUUUUGAGCGGCCUCCCUUCCUCGACUGUGACAGCUAAGCGACUUACUGCCUCAUCUGCAACUUCUCGGGUCGAUGAAGGGCAGACUCCUACUGUUGCUGGACAAUAUUUUGCCAAUGGGACAUGUGUUCUCACAGGCGAUGAGAUUACUGAAACGACCACGGCUUCCUCUGGCAAAGCGACAUUUACGGUGAGUGCGUCUGAGGCUCUUCUGAUAGAGCUUUCCUGA